GGCCGGGAGCGGCCGGGAGCGCUCGGGAGCGCUCGGGACUCCUCUUGUUAAAGGGGCAACGCUCCCGGACUGUGGGGCCCACCGAACGGGCACCUCGUCACCGAAGGGACGAGGCAGAAAGCACCAGUGAGGAAACUCAACUCAGUUACCCAGCCCUAUCCAGUCAUGCAGGUUCAGGAAGAUGCAGACAACCUCAUCCCUUUUGCCAAGUGUUCCAGGGUGGUCAGCCGAUGUCCAUCGCCCAGCUUGCCUUCCCAGAGCCUUGGACUUGGGCCUCAGCGUUACGGAGAUGCCUUCUGGGAGAACCUUAGUCAGAGGCCUAGCCCCACUUGGAUGGAGGAGGAGCACAUUCCACCCACGCUGAGUGCCACCGGUUGUGUCCAGCCUGACCUGUUCCCUCCUGACGGACUUCCACCCCCUGAGGUGCUUUGCAGAAGGAAGAGAAGGGGGCCACAUUUGACAGGGAUGCCACAAGGACCUGGCAACGUCCCUGCACGGGUCAAGGCUGUCACCCACCAUCUGGAGGAUCUAAGGAAGCGCCAGAGAACCAUCAAUGAACUGAAGGCGGCCCAGUGGGGCAGCUCCACGGCUGCGUCAGAGGCCCUGGUGCUGGACGGCGAGGGCCGUGGCUUCCCCAGCACCAGCGAGCGCCCGGCCCCGGGCGAGGAGAGGGCCACCGCCCCGUGGGAGCAGCACUGCUUCCUCAGCCCCGGCAGGGCCCAGCAGCUGUGGUCUCCCUGGCCUCCGCUGGGCCGGGAGGGCUCCUGCUCCUCCGGGCAGCUGGGCUCUCCGCCGUCCUGCACCACCUUCACGGCCCGGAGGAACCCCUUUAACAGCGCCUGCGGGGUGGAGAUGGAGUCUGAGGAGUGAGCAGAGGCCACCUGUC